AGUUUGGCUCAAGCCAUCUUGACCCACCGAAGUUUUGGCUCACGCGCGGUGCCUUGUCUUUUCGGAUGCUGGACAUCGGUCGUGGGUGUCGAGAAGGCGCUAUUUCCCUUGAAGCGUCGAUCAAGAACUGCGGUCGGACAAAACAAUGAAACGCCGCACUGCGAUUGCUCCGCGAAGGAGUUCGAUCAGAUGUUCAACUCGUCCAAAGCCACUACGUUGCGACUGUCAGCGCAUGCAGAAAAGGCAGACAAUGGCAACACGCGCUGUCAGUGCUCAGUGAGAUGCGGGAGGCGAAGCUGGAGCCCACCGUCCUCAGCUACAGCGCUGGGAUCAGUGCCUGCGGGAAGGGCGAGCAGUGGCAGCGCGCGUUGGCGAUUUUUAGCGAGAUGUGGGAGGCGACGCUUCAGCCCGACGUCAUCUCUACAAUGCUGGGAUCAGCGCGUGCGAGAAGGGCGAACAGUGGCAGCGGGCCCUGUCGCUGCUGAGCGAGAUGCGGGAGGAGAAGCUGGAACCCGACGUUAUCCGUAUAUGGUACACAGUACGACUUGACACAAUCGGUUAAUCGUUCUCUGAUCCGCGGCUGGAUUUUGGGACGAGCUAUUCUGGCGAUGCACUUCGGCGUCCCGCGUGGAUCCUGGUCUCGUGCUCGUGAUGCCCCCCCGGGCCCCCCUCCUCUCCGAUCCAUCGAAUGCGUGAUGGGGCUCGCUGAUCUUUCGGCCAAGGACCAGGCCAAAGUCGACCUCGGCAAUUGCAUGAUGUCCUUCAGCGUUUCCUGUCUACACGUCUGCCGGAGGAUGAGGAUCUCUGGGGCGAUGGGGAACCCCGCCACGAGCAGGAUCUGGCUGGCGCCCGCCGUUGUCUCCCUCGCCCGGAGUCCUGCCUCACAAGUAGUUGCCACCGAUUUCUGUCAAUUCGGCACGCCCUGGGGUAAGCGCGCGAAAUUCCUGGGCGCGUUGAUCGAUCUCUCAUCAAUCGAGAAACUGUGCAAGAGGAAGAAUAAUGUGUGCUCGGCCUCCCAGAGGCUGCAUCUGAACCUCCAGGGUAAAAACUCUGAGGGCCGGUUCUGGACAGAGGUGGCGGAACCAUGCCCCCCUCGUUUGUGUUUGGCCCUGGCGCUCGCCUUUUCUGAAGCUCCCAUCGCGCUCAAAGCGCAAGGUAUGGCUCGCCAUCUCUGAUCGGUUUUCUUUUUCAGUGUUUUUUCUCUUGCGGCCCUUCGGACGAGUAGACAAGUAAAGUUGGCUCCUUUUUCUGUCGGCAUGGAUCUGGUGGCCGGCGCCUGUCUCAUAUGCGCGCGUGCUGGCCUCUCACCGGUCUUGGCGGAAGUUGAGCCCUUCAGAUCAAAUGAUGUUCCUGGUCUUGGAGGGGCGGGAUACAUCACAGUGUUUCACGCGAGUUUGCGUGGCGCCCCCCUUGUAAGCCGUCCACCGUAUGUGGCUACCUCUGCUCGAGCUCCCUCCCGCGUGCCACCCUGCUCUCACAGUCUGCUCCCAAAUGAUAUGGUGGCCGGCGCCUGUCUCACAUGUGCGCGCGCUGGCCUCUCGCCGGCCCCGGCGGAAGUUGGGCCCUUCAGAUGAAAUGAUGUUCUUGGUCUUGGAGGGGCGGAAUACAAUGUAGCAUUUUGGCUCGGGCGCGUUGGCCAAGUUUCGUUACGAAAGCACAAGAGUAUAUGUGAUAUCAGCGAUAUCACUGCGUCAGUAGCAGCGGAACUGCUUGACCGCAGCUGCGCCGGCCGCGCUUGCAUCGCGCCAGCGGUCCCAGCUGCGGCGCGGCCACCUGCGGCGCAGGAGUUUACAUUCACUACUUUCAUGUUGGUCCUCUUCGAUUUCGUGUUGUUGCAUCCUCUUGGAUCCCCGACCACGCUAGGAAUGGAUCCGAAUAGCGAUCGGGAAGACUUCUACAUGCCAGGCUGGAAUGGCAGCCCGGCGUCUGGGCUCAAUUUCAAGGAGGAAGUUCGCACGUAGUCGCUCGGUCUCAAUCUAGACGUGCCCUACAGCAUGGCAGCUCGUACGAUCAGGGCGUUGGAAGGAGCAGCCCGCAGGGAAACAGCCACCCUGAGAAAUGAGGAUAUUCAUUUAUUUCGCGCGGUUCAAGAACGCAGAAGCGAAGACGGCCAAGUCAUUUGAUAAACAGUUCCAGCAGAUCUCGGGAGAGGGACCAUAAACUUGUUCACAGCGUGCAGGAAGUGAGAGACGGGGUCAGAUUUCUGCGAGACACGUAAGUGCCAGCGUAGACCAAGAUUACGGAUCUGUCACUACUUUGCGAUGUUUGAUCAGGGAGUGACGAGGUUUGCACAAGAUGGAGUCGUCCAUUCGGGCGAUUCAGAUAUUCUCAGCUACUUCUACGCAGAGGCUCAAGAUCACGAAGGAACAGCGAGAGCGACUCGCGGCAACACUACCGAACAAUUUCUUCCAACUGCGUGAAGUUCAGACUACAGCGAUGCCGAGUGUUCAAGAUAUCCACGCAAGCGAACGGAGAUGCUUUCCUCUACGCGUUGAUCAAGAAUGGCAGCUGCAUCGCGCGAAGGGCCGACGCACUCCGCCCGAGGGCGUCAACGUGACCGAGUUCGAGGAAGAGGAGUUCGGGGAUGACUACCAGGACGGGGGCGCCCGAGUCGAGGAGCUAGAUCAGCGCGAGCCCGAGGCCCUCGCCACCGAGUUCGGCGAUAUCAGAGAGGAGAACCUCGAACUAGAGCAAGCCGUGGCGGUCGGGAAGGCGGCGGCUCCACUCUCGGGGGUCGCCGAGGCCCCCGCGACGGCCCGCCGGGCCCGCGACCGCGUCGAGAAGGGCGGCUCCGCCUGUUCUGGAGGUGCCGCGGUCGCCCUGUCGCCGACGGGGCGAGGCGGCCGAGGGCCCGCUCCCAGCGGCGGGGGGCCAGGGCGCGGAAGCAAGUUCCAGCCGACGGAGGUUGCGCCCGAUAAGAAGAAAAACUCACAGCGCAGUGUCUGUCAC